UUCUGCAAUCGGCUCUUUGAUAAAUUGCUGCUCAAGUAUGGGGUGAAACACAAGAUAGCGACUGCUUAUCACCCUCAGACGAGUGGUCAAGUGGAGGUAUCGAACAGGGAAAUCAAGAGGAUUUUGGAGAAGACUGUGAGCGUAAGUAGAAAAUAUUGGUCAUUAAAGCUUGAUGACGCUCUGUGGGCAUACAGAACAGCGUAUAAAACUCCGAUUGGUACAUCCCCCUAUAAGCUCGUUUUUGGUAAGGCAUGUCAUCUACCAGUCGAGCUUGAGCAUAGAGCAUAUUGGGCCAUCAAGAAGCUGAAUCUCGACAUGGUUCAAGCUGGAGAGAAGAGACUGUUGCAGCUGCACGAGUUGGAGGAAUUUCGCUAUCCUGCUUAUGAAAACGCGAAAAUGUAUAAGGAGCGCACCAAGAGAAUUCAUGACAGGCGCAUCCAAUCUCGUGACUUUGAGCCUUGGCAGUUAGUAUUGCUAUAUAACUCCAGGCUGAAGAUUUUCGGUGGAAAGCUGAAGAGUAAAUGGUCCGGACCAUUCGAGGUAGUUCGCGUGACUGCACAUGGUGCAAUCGAGCUCAAAAGACCCAUCUCGGUUGAGACAUUCUUGGUGAACGGGCAGAGAGUGAAGCAUUACUACGGGGAGACCACUGACCGCGGCAGGACCACCAUCGAUCUAGAAGAGGCUUGA